AUGGCCCUUUCAGCAACAGCAGUGGGGCCUUCUGAGUGUAAUUUGAGCUCAGAUAUGAAUGAUAUCUGUGGUUCAUCAGAUGGAACUUCGUCAUUCAAAAAGUUAAAGAAAACUGAAAGGGGAGAAUUUCUUGAUUCAUCUCAAGUAAUCACUGGAGCAGUCUGGUCUAGGAAAAAGGGUCCUCCUUUGUAUUGGGCAGAAGUUUAUUGUGGAGGGGAGACCUCUAGUGGGAAGUGGGUUCAUGUUGAUGCUGCCAAUGGGAUUGUUGACAAGGAGCAGCAAGUGGAGUCCGCAUCUGCAGCUUCUAGAAGGCCGUUAAAGUAUGCUGUUGCUUUUGCUGGUUUUGGUGCUAAAGACGUGACUCGCAGGUUUUGCCUUAACUCGUUUUAUUGCUUCUUAUCUUUUUAAUUUCGAAGGUUUAUUGUUCUGUUUUUUCACCAACUUUGAGUUGGUUAAAUGGAAAUUAUUUAUAUGCUCAGCCUUUUUGAUUAAAUGGAAAUGGUUUAUAUGCUUCCUGGAUCAGCCUUUUCAACCUUGGUGGUUCUGAAGUUGAAGUUGGAUUUUCAAGUAGACUGUUUACAGUGCUCAUCCUUAUUUAUUUAGUUUUUUCAUCUAGUUUUCGAACAUUUUCCAACCAAAGUUAUUCUUUCUAUCAGGAAGGCUGUAUUAUAUGAGAUUUGUAAACUUUCUUCCCUCAACCUUGGUAUUUCAGGUCGUUUGAUAUGUUCACAUCUGUACUAUCUCGAAGUAAUCUUAGUACCGUCUUUUAUGCAUCUCUAGAGGAAAAUUUUCAGGGCUUUAUUUUUGGGAUUCUGUGAUAUUUAUUCCAGUGUUUGGCGUGCAAAAAAUAGAAAGUUGUUUAUUCAGGAAUGAGCGUAGGAAAGAGCUGUUUCAAGAUAGUUAGACCUGUUGUUUACAGCUUUACGUUAUUUGUCUCUGACAUGGUGAUUGAUAAUGCAAAAUAUAGAUACUGCACGCAUUGGUAUAAGAUCGCAUCCCAGCGAAUAAAUGCAAGCUGGUGGGAUGGGGUGUUGGCACCCUUGAAGCAGUUAGAGUCAGCUGCAACAGGAGGUAUCGCCCAUUCUGAAACAUUUCAAGAUGAUAAUCCAGCUGAAAAAAAUGAAAUAUGCUGAACAAUCUGGUCCUGGUAUUUUUCAGAUGAAUCGUCACAGAUACGUGCUGAAAAUCUAGAUUUAGCCAGUGGCCUUCAGAGAGAAAUGACAGAAGAGGGUGGUUCAGAAUUAUGUUCAAAUUUGUCCUUCGGGAGUUUUGGGCUUGCAACUAGAGAAUCUCUUGAAGACAUGGAGCUAGCAAUCAAAGGAUUAACAGAGCCUCUUCCAGUAAAUCAGCAGGUAUAUAUGUUAGCAUCUAUAUAAUCUGCAUAUAGGGGCGUCAUAUUGUUGGUUUCAAUCAUAUUCAAUUAAAGAUCUGUUUCUACUCGUCUUCAAUUAGGCUUAUAGAAAGCAUCACCUGUAUGCUAUUGAAAGAUUUCUCUCAAAGUACCAAGUCCUUUACCCAAAGGGGCCUGUACUUGGUUAUUGUUCGGGUCAUCCUGUAUAUCCUCGGGCCUGCGUCCAGACACUACAGACAAAACAGAAAUGGCUACGGGAGGGCCUGCAAGUGAAAGCAAAUGAAGUUCCUGCAAAGGUCGUGCGUACGCCCAUUCUAUGAAGGCUUUUUAUAUGAAAAACUACUCCUGUCAUUUUUCCUAGUAAAGUACUUAUUCCUUUUUUUAGCAGGUUGUAAAAAGCUCGCAAAAGCUUGGCAGAAGGCAACAUUCUGAAGAAAGUGCAUUUGUAAAAGAUGAUGAGAACCCAAUGAUUGAACUUUAUGGAAAGUGGCAAGUGGAAACCCUGCAUCUUCCUCCUGCGGUAGAUGGCAUUGUUCCAAAGGUAUCAUGAUACUAUGUAUUCUAGUCACAUGCUAAUUUACCUUAGAAUGGGUUUUCGAGUUGAGUGUAGGCAAGGAAUGUUUUGAAGUAUCUGCGGAAGCUUUUAUUUCCUCUUCUAUUUCAUUGUUAAAAACUACAUCUCUCCUUUGGUAUGGAAGAGUUUGUACAAUCUUGCGGAGAGUGCAAGCUUCCAUGUAUGAAUAGGUACAUCACCGUAUAAUUAUUGAUAUAUUAAGUGAACUUUUAUUUCCGUUUUUUCCCUCCAUGCUGAGAUAUGGGACCAUAGUCUCAUGUGAUAGGUCAUGCGCUUUAAGUUGGACAUGAUAUCAUGAGUCUUUCUCGUCUCUCAAAUUCGGUGUUUUCGUCAGCGCAAGUCUAUAUGGAUGUUGUUGGUUGACCUCUUUUUCCAUUCUUGAAUGGUUGACUAUAUUGCUGUAAUUAUUUAGGUUAUGGUCUGGACAAUCGUCGAAUAACCGAAGUCUGAAACUCUGAAUGGUUCUCCCCAAUUAUAUACUGAGAAACCUCAGCGCUGAGCAUUGAGCACUUUUGUGUGAUAUUCAACUGCAUUCCUCCCAUCCCAUCCACUAGUACCGUACAUAGGAUCCUUGGUCACAAUCUCUAUGCUAGGACUUGACUACUUUCCUAGGAAUCCGUAGAUAUUUUUCCUUCAUUUUUUAUGUUUUCUAACAUGUUUUUCAUUCUAGAAUGAGCGUGGUCAGGUGGAAGUGUGGUCUGAGAGGUGUCUACCGCCUGGUACCAUACACCUGAGGUUACCAAGAUUGGUUCCAGUUGUCAAGAGGUUAGAUGUUGAUUUUGCUCCUGCAAUGGUUGGUUUCGAGUUCAGAAAUGGCCGUUCUUUCCCUGUCUAUGAUGGGAUUGUGGUCUGCUGUGAGUUUAAAGAUGCUAUCCUGGAGGUACGAUUCUUUCUUUGGGGCCACAUGUUCGUCUACCAGAUCAUAUUGCUGUAAUUUAUUGACCGCUGACGAUACCGAAUUUUGGAUAGUUUUGUUCUUCAAAAUUUAUGAAACCCAUGUUAACUACCUUGCAUUUUCUUUGUUUUUUAAAAAUAAAGUUCAGUUACAGCAUGAGAAAUUUAUUUUUCCGCAAAAGAAAUUAUGGGUACUGUACUGAGAAAAAAGUCAUAUCUUAUUAUGGUUGUCGACCAUGAGGAAGUAAGUACCCCUCCAGGCUAAGGUGAUUUAUGAGAUGAUGCUACGGAACUUAAUUCACUGCGAUUUCUUAGAAUAAACAUUUCCAAGAAUUGGAAUUUGGGUAAAAAAUAGAUCUGCAGGAAAUGAGGAGCUCCACAUCAUGCCUGAAAGAUAAACUUUUUAUAAACAGCGGUUGUAGAAUUUUGGUCUCUUGUGAGGUUGGGAGAAGCUAGAUGAACGUAUAGUAUUUACCAGGGCAAGCCGUUCUUUUCCGAUCGGCCAUUUGUUGGAGCAAGUUGAAAUGUGGCCCCCUUGUAUUUUCUUUUCUGAUUUCUCAUUUCUGCUCGAGGACAAGAGAAGCAAAUUACUGUCCAACAGUAUAAAUGUGUUGGUUGCUCAGUGAAUGAUGUCAAGAGGGGGGGGUGGGAAUGGACCUCAGGUUGUGGAUGCAUCCUUCCAAGCUUGAUUUUUGAGUAAAGUGUCCAUUUAUGGCUCAUUUCCACCCAUCAAUUCGGACUGGUAUCCUGGAAAACAUGGAUCCGUUGUUGAAUGCAUAUGCCGAUGAUUUAGAAGCUUAUGAUUGUGAAGCUAGGAUCAAUAAGUUGAAUCCCAAGCACCAAUUGUGCAGAAACGAGGGAAAUCCUCUCUUAGAUUUUGAUAAGCUCCUCUAAUGUUCCAUCGAGUUCAAAAUCUUCUAUUCCUGAUCAUUCUUUUUCGUUUCUCCUCCAGGCAUACGCCGAAGAGGAGGAGAGAAGGGAGGCCGAGGAGAAGAAACGGAGAGAAGCUCAAGCUCUGUCAAGAUGGUACCAGCUUCUUUGCUCGCUUAUCACCAGGCAACGUCUCAAGAGCACCUACUUGGAUCUUGCCCCCGACAAUCUGGCCGAGGAACAAGUGAACCAGCCAAACUCAGGACAUAACCCUAGUCAUGGCCGACGGCAGCGAGUUUCUCUGAAGGCAGCCGGGCGAGAUCCUCUUCCUGGGGGAGACCAUGAGCACAGCUUCCCCAUUGAAGACCAGAGUUUUGACAAAGAGAGCUCCAUCCGCACGAAGCGCUGUUCCUGUGGAUUCUCCAUCCAAAUGGAGGAGCUCUGA